AUGGGUAUUUUUGCUCGCUCGUUGGUGGUCAUAUUCUCAUGUAUUCUACUUUUGAAUGGUUUUAUAGUUGCUGAUCAUCAUGUUAUAGAAGGUGACAAGCAUUUGCUUCAUCGUUUAAUUUUAAACAAGGACCAGGAAGAUGGUCAAGAACAUGAAGUACAUAGAAGGUCUUUAACACUUGGUCUUCUUGGUCUUGCUGCUCUUGGUGGAUUAGCAGCUAGACAUAAUGCUGGUGGUGGUGGUGGAGUAAUUGCACAUGCUACUGCUGAUAGAGCAGCUGCUGUCCAUUCUGCUUUUCAUAAAGUAGCUGCACAAGCUGCUGCUGAUGGAACAGCUGCUGCCCAAUCUGCUUUUCGUAAAGCAGCUUCACAAGUUGCCUCUGAUGUAGUUGCUCGAGUUACUGGAGGCUUAAAAGGUGGCAUUGGUGGAGGUAGUUUAAGAGGUGGAGGAGGAGGCAGUUUAAUAGGUAGAGGUAGAAGCAGUGUUGGAGGUAGUGCUACCGGUUUCCUCGGUGGACGUGGUGCUGCCGUUGGUGGAGGUGGAAGCAGUGUUGGAGGUAGUGCUACCGGUUACCUUAGUGGACGUGGUGCUGCUGUUGGUGGAGGUGGAGGUAGUGUUGGAGGUAGUGCUGGAGGUAGUGUUGGAAGUGGUUUAAGGGGUGGAGGUGGAUAUGGAGGUAAUAUUGGUGGAGUAAGUUUCGGAGGUAGUAAGGUUUUUGGAGGAGGAGGUGGAGCUUAG